ACUCCGUAUUUUUAUUUUAUCGGGGUUUUUUCAUUUCUUUUCGUUUUCGCACUCUUCCAGAACUCUCUCUUCAUACAAUCGCCUUGAACUAGGAUUAUCAAACACAUUCUUUGAAGAAAAAACUCCCUUGAUUCAGCAAAAAUGGCGACUGUUAUGCAGAAAAUCAAAGAUAUCGAAGAUGAGAUGGCAAGGACCCAGAAGAAUAAAGCUACUGCCAAUCAUCUUGGAUUGUUGAAGGCUAAACUUGCUAAGCUGCGGAGGGAUCUUUUGACACCCACCUCGAAAGGAGGUGGUGGUGCUGGUGAAGGUUUUGACGUAACAAAAAGUGGAGAUGCACGAGUUGGGUUGGUUGGCUUUCCAUCGGUUGGGAAAUCAACAUUACUUAAUAAGUUGACUGGGACUUUCUCUGAGGUUGCUUCUUAUGAGUUUACUACAUUGACUUGCAUUCCUGGAGUGAUAAUGUACAGAGGAGCUAAGAUUCAGCUGUUGGACCUACCAGGUAUCAUUGAGGGUGCCAAGGAUGGAAAAGGUAGAGGAAGGCAGGUCAUCAGCACUGCAAGGACGUGCAAUUGCAUAUUAAUUGUUCUUGAUGCAAUAAAGCCAAUAACUCACAAGCGUCUUAUAGAAAAGGAGCUCGAAGGCUUUGGCAUUAGGUUGAACAAGGAACCCCCCAAUUUAAGUUUCCGAAAGAAAGAAAAGGGUGGUAUUAAUUUGACCUCAACAGUUACCAACACACAUUUGGAUCUAGAUACAGUGAAGGCAAUAUGCAGUGAAUACAGAAUUCACAAUGCUGAUAUCACUCUUAGAUUUGAUGCAACUGCAGACGAUCUUAUUGAUGUUAUUGAGGGAAGUAGAGUUUAUAUGCCGUGCAUAUAUGUCAUAAACAAAAUUGAUCAGAUCACUCUGGAAGAGUUGGAAAUUCUGGAUAAACUUCCUCAUUACUGCCCAAUUAGUGCUCAUCUAGAAUGGAACCUUGAUGGUUUGCUGGAGAAGGUCUGGGAGUACCUGAACCUUACUCGUAUUUACACAAAACCAAAGGGUUUGAAUCCAGAUUAUAAUGACCCUGUCAUCCUUUCAUCUCGGAAGAGAACUGUGGAAGAUUUCUGUGAGCGAAUUCACAAGGAUAUGGUCAAACAAUUCAAGAAUGCUCUUGUCUGGGGAUCUAGCGUGAAGCACAAGCCUCAAAGAGUUGGCAAGGAACAUGAACUCGAGGAUGAAGACGUGGUUCAAAUCAUCAAAAAGAUCUAACUGAGCCUGGCAUUCAUAAUUUUAAACAAUUGACGACCAGCAUAAUUUCGAAGAAAAUUUUUGUUAGAGAAAUAUUGUGGCAAAAGGUACAGAGGUCAUGUUAUCGAUGUGUACUUCAGCUCUUUUCUGUGAUGGAGGGAUUUGGCUAGCUUGUACGUUGUGUUUUCUGCAUACAAAGCAGAGCAUGUUAGAAGGAGUUUUUUUUUUUUUUUUUUUUUUCCUGACAAAGGAGACGUGAAAAAAAAAUAAAACAAACAAACAAAACUAAAACCGAAAGCAAAGUAAAGAACGUCUACGCUCAGACCCUGCUAGUUGAUGCGCCAUAGUGAUUGCAGAACGAGACUCGACAGAAUCUCCUGAAGGUCUUGUCUAAUCCAUAAAAUAGAAAUAUCAACCGAGCGAUGACCAGAGAACAUAACUGGGAUAGUACCGCAAUCAGUGACAAUCCAAAGGCGCCGAACCCCCCACCUGAGAACAUGGUGCAGUCCGAACAAAAAGGCCAACAAUUCCGAAUGUAGAGCAGAAGAGGCAACACAAGCCUGAGCCCCCCCUCCCAAAAUUUGAGAAGUAUGCAUAUUAGCAAAAAACCAUCCGGUACCAGCUCUGAGAUCCCCCGGAUCCCAAGCAUCAUCGAAAGCCAAACAAAUUUCAUAGUUUACCUCCUGUCAUAUAUGAAGAUGUCAGAACAUGGAGGAUAAGGACAAAGAAAGGAACCAAGAAAAGCCCUCGCCUCCCCACUCCGUUUGGCCCAUCCAUCAGCAAUGGAAAACACUGUUUGAGGAGAAUACAUCGCACAUCUAAACCUCAAACUAUUCCUAGUAAUCCAUAUGGCCCAAAGGAGACUAAACACACGAUCCAGAGUAGACCAUUCAGAAGCCACUGACACUCUGGAAAUCAAAUCAGCAAACAACUGCUCAAAGGUAACAUCAGAUAGGGAGAGCAUCGGGAACUCCCUCAAGAGGUUAUAGAUUGAACAAAGGAACAAUCCCGGAAUAAAUGAGCAGGUGUGUCAGGAGCCUGAUGACAGAAACCACACCUGGGGUCAAUCGGAAUGCCCUUUGUCCGAAGUAACUCGGCCGUAGGAAGAGCCUGGUGCAUGAUUUUCCUACCAAAAAUCUUCCAUUUAGGCAAGAGAGGAUAUCCCCAGAACUUCUUCCACCACUGAGAAGGAACCAAUGAAAGGGAAAGAGUAGAGAUAUUCUCCUAGGAGGGAUAGGCCGAUCUCGUAGAGAAAGAUCCAUCCUGAGUAAACUUCCAAUUAUGUUGGUAGCAGAUGUCAUAGGGGUACGACAUAUGCUAUUAGAGUUCAUAGAAAAUAUGAUUUUUACAAUCGUUACCUAGUGUUCCUGGAAUCCCUGGAUUUUGUAUGGAGUGAAAUGUUUUAUUGUACUGUAAUUUUAGAGAUUGCAGAGUUUCUUGUAUUGUCAAUCCGUACCCCAGGUAUAGAUUGAGGAUUGAGAAUUUGAGAGCCGUGAAUAAACUUUAAACUUAUGACCUACUUAGAAUGAACAUGAAACUGUGAUUGUUGCUA